AUGAGUCAGCACUAUGAGGACGCGACGACUUCAGCGCCGCCGCUUACAUUGCCACCAAAAACAGCAGCGCCUCAGAAAGCUAAUCGAUUAUAUCCCGUUCUGUCGCUUCUCUCAGUAAUAUUAUUGUUCAUCUCGGCAGGGGCUGGUAUAGCCUUAUCAGCUGUGGUCCUGUUCCAAAACCUCGAGUCAACAGAGGUUCUCGAUCCUCUCAGCCGAGCUGUUUUUUUCGUCGCUUCCUGCGUGAGUCUGGUUUACGUCUUCACCCAUCUAGUCGCCGGGCGAACAGCGUACAUGAAGAAUUAUGGAUCUCCAACUAUAUACGGCAAAUAUGUUGCCGGGUUUGCCUUUCUCUUGGCUCGACUAGGUCUCCCCGUUUGGGUGGCAGCAAUCACUUUGUCGAUAUUUGUGGCUGUCAAUAUUGGACUAGACCUUUCCAAAGGGGUUCAAGAGAAUCUCCCAUGGCUUAAUGUCAUAAUUAGCAUAUCUUCUCUGUUUUCUCUCGCAGCAGUGCUUGCAGUUAUUGAGAUGGCAGAUCGUCCAUUCGCGACUCUGGGCGUUUCUCAAACGUGGUUCAUUCGAGGAGAGGAUCCACUAGCCUGUCCUGACGACGAUGAUCUUGAGCCAGGAAUUGUCUUCAUAGCGCCGAGUCUCCAGGACAAGCGAGAGAAACGCGUCGAAAAGCAUGGCGGACCAGGGAAACCUGAGAAGCGAAAACGCAAGACGCUGACUAAAAAGAAUCCCCAUGAGCCUCAACACGGAGCUUUACGCCAUGCCAGGAGUAUAUCCAUGCCCACGCCCUUGAAUAAUGUUUUCGGGGAUCGCCCUGGUGCCAUGAUGCCCGACUCUCCAGUCUUUUCCAAUGCAUUCGCAUGGAAACCGCCGACGACAGAUGGCGCGACACCAAAAGCAAGCGGUGCAGUGACACUUGACGACUGGGUCACAUGGCGGGAAUAUGCCAGUAUGCGUCAGGAAGGCUCCGAUAUAUCCACUGAUACCUCAGCGGGUCCUGACGAAGUAAUCUUGCCAUCUAUGUCUCGCCAUGCUCAGUACUCCCCGCGUAGUCAGGCUCUACCUGAGGAGCAAGGGAGGUAUGAUUCUAGGAGAUGGACUGCCAUUGGCAUGCAAUCUCCUCCUAUCAAUGGUCGAUUUCUGGAUAUUCCAUCCAGGAGGCCACUGACGCCGAUGAUGACUAUGGAGGAGGAGAACAGGCUUGUAGGCCGCAGGCCUUCUACCCGAGAUGGGGACUGGGAGGCAAACUAUCAUCUACAGAUGAGGCAAUCUGGCCGGCCGGCAAGCUCACACACUACGACAACAUUCAGAUCAUCUCGGUAUGGUCUCGGGACCAUUUCAGACCAUCCUCCCACACUGCCUCAUAUAGCAAAUCUCGUUACUGGAGCGGAUGGCAUUACAAACAGCAUCCGGCCCGAUAGCAAUGUGCUGCCAAAUGAGGGGCGCCGGAGGCGUAGGAUUUCAAGUGUCAGCUCCCAUGAGGGUCGGCGUCUGACGUACAGGACAGAGAGUCGAGUCACGUCUCAACACAGCUCACGGCCAAGCACGCGCCCGCCGAGCCAACGUCCAUCUGUAGCCACCUUAGCUACGCGGCCUGCGAGCCCUACGUUGACAGUUCGGUCCGUCAGAUCCGACGUGCACAACUUUUCGAGACCUCGGACUUCGGCAGCUGCCAGAAUGCAGUCCAAAGUCGCUAGGCGUCUUCGAGCACUCAAGCAACAGGAGACUGAAAACACUGCGCAGCCUCAGGUGGAUGAACAUCGACCUACAUCUCCAACUACCCCGAUGUCUCCCGCCACUCCAAGAACAGUUAGAGCAGCAGCGGUGAAGACUCUUCAAGAUAGGCUCGGUAAGAGGAACCUAAAGAAGCAAUCGGAGGAAAGCCCCCGCCCAGCAACUCCGGAGACACCUCGGACAGCCAGGGCCACAGCUGUCAAAAACCUACAAGAACGACUCGGUAAACGAAUGAUGCGACGGAAUGAAGAAGAAGCCGCUCAAGCUGUAAAAUAG